AUGCCAACUGCAUCACGUAUUUUCAGUAGUUCGAUUCGCAAGUUGAAACUUCCGAUAUUACUCACCAGAAACCCUAAUAUCCUCGAUGAGAACACCCAACUAACCACUCUCAAUGUCAAUUCAGUAGGACCAAAAGAAAUCGAUUUCAUUAGAAGUCAACUUGGCAGUAUCACCAAGCUCAUCGUUCCUAAUGUAUUAUGGGGAUUAGUGGCAUCGAAAUCACCAUCGAUCAAACGCAUCAUCUUUCACAACUAUAAUGUCAACGAUCAUUGCGCAUAUUCAAAGACCAAUAGCAAUAGAGCCACUGGCUAUGCACACAUCAAAUCGAAACAUCGACCAUUCACUAGUACGCUUGGCACAAUCAAAACGUAUGCCAAGAAGAUCUACGAUGCUUCAGAGAAUCACAUUGAAAACCAAACGAUCGAAGAGACCUAUCCAAAUCUCAAGUUUCUAUACUGUCAUGAUUCCAGCUAUUUUAAUGAUAGAGUUUUUUAUAAAGAAUAUUUAUUUGAAUUUUUAAAUAAAAAUAAAGAGUAUAGACAACAAUCUCACAAAGAAGAACAAGACAUGGACAAAGAGCAGGAAAAGUUGAAAGAGUUCAUUAAUGAAAUGGCUGCAAUCGGAGUUCCUAUCUACAAAUCUAGUGAAUGCAAAACCAUAUCGGAUGCUGUUGACAAAAUAGGAUUUACUUAUCGAGACUCUGGUUUAUUUACAAAUCAUACUGGUGUAGUAUUAGAUAUUUCUUCAUUGUCAAAUGAAUUCAAAUAUGCAGGUUUGAAACUAUUAACUUUGACUAUCAAUGAUCCACAUAGUAAUGUUUCUAGAUCUACAACUUCGAAUAUGCCAAUUGAACCUAUAAUUACUAAAACAACAACAACUUCAAGUGAUCUUGGUGGACCAGUUACAAUUUCAGGUGAUUUAUUCGAUUCAGUUAAUUCUUUUGGUUUUAAAACAAUCAAAACGAUUCAAAUUGGAUCACAAUCAUGUUUGAAUGUUGUUGAUCUCUCAGUUUAUAGUAACUCAUUCAUUUGUCAACUUGGACCAAUUUCAAAGAUGUCAAACAAUCAACAAUUCACAAAUAUUCCAAUUCUUGUUACAAUUGAAGGAGCAACAUCAAACAAUUCAACUAUAUUAUUCAAUUAUGAUGUUCCUUCAAUUUCAAAUAUUUAUCAAAAUGGAAGUAAAAUCUAUUUUGAAGGUGAACUCUUGGGAUAUUCUUCUCAAAUUUCAAAAACAUGGAUCUCAGUUUCAAAUUCAACAAUGAUAAAUAAUUCAUUUGUACCAACUCAAAUCGAUAUCGAAUCAUUACCACUUGUAUCUAAUAGAUCAUCAGUUAAUAGAAAAUGGAUUGUUCAAUUUAGAAUUCCAAAUAAUUUCAAAUCAGGAUUAUUUAAUUUUUUCAUCAGCAAUCAUAACAAUCAAUUAAUAUCAAACUCUGUUCAACUUUCAAUCAAAGCAGAUAUAGGUGAAAUAUCUACACCACAAACCAAAGGCGAUACUCUUACUAUUUUUGGUGCUCUAUUUGGAAAUCCAAUAUCAAUUAAAUUCACAAACAGACCUGAUAUCAAAAAUACAUCGAAUCCGAUGUUGAUUGAUUCAUCAACUAUUAUUGUGAAUAUAUCUCCUGGAUCUGGUCAGAAUAUUGAUUUGGAAUUGAAUGUUAAUGGUGUUAUUACUUCAAAAUCAUUCAGAUAUCAUGAACCUACAAUAACAAGUGUAACUCCAAUUUCAAGACAUGGAGGUGUAAUAACGAUAUCUGGAUCAAAUUAUGAUGUUAAUAACACAUCUGUAUUUAUAUUCAAUACUAUUGGAUGUAAUACUACCACAAUUGUAAACGAUACAACAAUAUAUUGUCAAGUAAAAUUGAAUGGUUCAGACACUUUGAAAUUUGGAGAGAAUCUAAAUGUCACUAUUAUUGUCAAUACUCAGAUUGUAAUCAGUUCAACAUUAAACAUUACAUCGAUCACAGGAGGACAAGAAACAAAUAUUCUUCGGAUUGUACUUCCAAUUGAAAGAAAGAAAAAGAAGAGAAGUCUCCAAUUUUUAACAUUUGAGAAAAUCAAGUCCUCAACAACCCUUUUGAAACCAGUCCAAUAA